CGGUGCGGCGAUGGCGGGGCAGCGGCCGGGCGCCUUCCCGCUGCUGGUGCGCGGGGACUGGGGCUCCGCCGAGCCGCCGCCCGCCCUGAAAAAGAAGCUGCUCUGCUACUUCCAGAGCCAGAAGCGCUCGGGAGGCGGCGAGUGCGAGCUGCGAGCCGGGACCGACGCCGAGACCGGGACCGGGCACCUCCUCGUCUGCUUCGCCCGCCCCGAGGUGAGGCAGCGGGUGCUGGACCGGCGAGUCCACGAGCUCGAGUGGGGGCCCGGCGGGCGGCUGUCGCUGCAGGUCACCGCGCUGCCCGCAGGCGGCGACUCCGCGCAGGAGGAGGGACGGGCCGGCGGGGCCGAGGCGCCAGUUAAUGAACCCCAGGUGUCUCUUUCCACCUGCCAGAGUAAGGAGACUCCUGUGUGUACUCUGCAGGAGAAGGCAGAAUCAUGUGAGAAAUUGGAAGAAGAAGAAGCGACCUCUAGGAAGUCUGUCAUAGUAGUAACCACUGCCUCUGGGGAAGAAAUAGAAGAUGAGAUUGUGGAAAUGUACUUCGAAAAUAAAAAGAAGUCUGGUGGGGGAAUCAUCGAGUCCUAUGUCAAAGAGGAUCAGCGAAUUAUCAUCACCUUUGAGGAUGAGCAAGAUGCCCAGGAAGUUUUGCAAAGGAAGCAUCACAAGGUGAAGAAAAUUGAUCUGUUCGUGAAACCGUGGCAAGGGGACACUCUGCAGGAGCCGUGCCAAGCGGAAAACUCUGAAGGAUCCCUGCCUUCCACCUCAGUUGUGCUGGAGAAUAUGAAGGAGACAGUAAAAGAUUGCAUGGUUAUUAUGCUGGUCGAGAACGUCAGCGGCUUGUCAGAGGAUGAUGGUGACUUCAGUGUGGAAAUGAUCCCUGAGUUACGUGCUGCUGUAGUUACUUUUACUGCAAAUACUGAUACAGGGGAAUUUGCUAAAAAGGUUAAUCAAAACCACAGAGCAAAGCAACAAAACAUUACUGCACGGUGCCUUGAGCUAACAAAGAGCAUUAGGGCUGAAAAUAUACCACCCAACACAUCCAGUGACUAUAUAACCAUCUACUUUGAAAAUAAGAGGAACGGAGGUGCACAAGUGAUGGAUGUUCAACAGCUGCCUGAUGAAGAUGCAGCUAUCAUUACAUUCAGUGACCAUAAAGAUGUAACAAAUAUCCUGGCAAAGAAACAUACAUUCAACAAAACGCCAAUCUCUGUCUAUCCUUACUACACCUCGCUGGGAACAGCUCUAUAUGGAAAGGAAGGGCCACAGAUAAAGAAGCCAGAUCCAAUUACAUUGCCUCUGGACCCCUAUAUCUGGAAUUAUUUGCAAAAAAAUAGCAGCCUCAUUGCGGCUAUAAAUUGUGAAAUGGCAAAGUGUAAUUGUGUGCCAGCGUGGCCUGAACCCCACUGUGCAGACCCAAAAGUUUCCUUGCAUCCUUCAGCUGUUUUGUCUGAGCGGAAAAGAUCAGUUUCUCAGUUGGUCAAGGCAUGGAAGGAAAAUGUUUCCGCAGCCUUUUCACAAAGCAUAUCAAAGUAUGAAGCAAUUCAAUAUCAAGUAAGCGCAGAGGUGUGGGAAGCCAUUAGAAACAGCUUUCCCUGUGAUGAAGUUCUGAUGAUCCCAUGUAUUUCCAAGGAUUUACUUGUUCUAGUGGGAGAAAAAGAAGUUGUGAAUAAGGUCAAACAAGAACUGAAGGUUCUGAUUGAAAAGGCCAUCAGAGAAAUUGAAAGAGAAAAGCAAAGAACUGAACAAGUGGUGACAGUGAGUCCAGGGGAAUAUGGAAUUUUACAGGUUUCUGGCCUGGAAGAAAAAUUUCGUAUGGAGUUCCCAGGUCUGAAAAUAACUUACGAUUAUUUGCAGAAAAUAAUUAACCUAUGUGGUGUGCCUGAGGAAGUUUAUAAAGUAAAAGGGGAAAUAUUCGAUACUAUGCACAAAAUGGUAAAGAAAACAGUUAAUAUCCACCCUUACAUUUUCCAGUUUUUAGAGCAUAUUGAUAAUGAAACCCUAUCACAGAGUCUGUUUAUGUCAAAACAAAUUAGCGCCUUUUAUGAGCUUGGCACAGGAGCUGUCAUCUUGAAAGGGAGUACUCCUGAAGAUCUCCUAAAAGCAGAAGAAGAAAUAAAGAAGGAACUGGACUACAAAAGCAUUGCUUUGGAGGACGAGUCAGUCCUCCAGGAGGAGAAAUGGCAGAUGCUCACCAAGCAAAACUGCUCUAAUGACGCUGUAACAGUCACUCAGGCAGGGAGUCAGGUCAUCAUUGCUGGUUGUUCUCAAGCAGUAGCAAAAGCCUUUGAGGAACUUUCCAGCUUUAUAGAUGAAAACACACAGGUACAAAGAGUCAUCGGAGGAAAGCCCAUGGCGGUCAUAAUGUUUUUUGAGAAAGAGAAGGUUGAUGUUUGGGGUGGCUUACUGAGAAAAGGUGUGAAAGUUGACUUUAGCACACAGAAAAAGUGUAGAGUUAUAUCCUUGAGUGGAUCGAGGCCAAAAGUGCUGGAAGGAGUCAACUUAGUUGAGCGAAUUCUAGCUGGCCUGUACUAUAAGCGUGUGGUAAUUGGAGCACCAGGAGCCAAGUCAUAUUUCAAAGAGCACGAACGGGUUUUGGCCUCCCAUGCAAAACAAGAGUUUAAAUGUUUAGUCCGACUGGAAGAGCACUCAGAAGAGCACCUGGAAGAACAGCAAGAACAUAGUAAUGAAGGCAAGCCCUAUAUGCAAGUGACCAUGGGUGACAUUGUAAUAGCAGUUUAUAGAGCUGACUUAUGCACUCAUUCUGUUGAUGUUGUGGUGAAUGCAUCUAAUGAAGACCUAAAGCACAUUGGUGGCCUUGCUGAUGCACUGCUAAGAGCUGCUGGUCCAGCACUGCAAGAAGAGUGUGAUGAACUGGUGAGGAAGAACGGGCAUUUCCAGCCUGGGAACGCAGUUAUCACGGGCGCUGGGAAACUCCCCUGCAAGAACGUCAUUCAUGCUGUUGGGCCCAGGUGGAGGAAGGAGGAUCCAGAAAAGUGCGUGGACUUGUUGAGGAAGACAGUGAAGAAAUGUCUAGAACUAGCUGAAACAUACAAUUGUUGUUCCAUAGCUCUGCCUGCUAUAAGUGGAGGGAUUUUUGGCUUUCCACUGGAACUGUGUACAUAUUCAAUUGUAUCCUCUAUCAAGGAGACCUUGGAAGGAUCCAUGGGGGACAGCAGCUUGAAGGAGGUUCAUCUUGUGGAUAUUGUACAGGAUAACAUUCAGGCUUUCAGCAAGGCACUUAGAGAAGUGUUUCCAGAUUCUUCACCUUCCUACAGGUCCCUGCAUCAGACCAGUAAAAUUCCUCAACCUAGGGAGCGCAGAAUUUCUCAAAAAAGCAAGAACUUACCUUGCAUAACAACUGAGGAAGGCCUCGAUAUUGUGCUGCAAACAGGAAGCAUUGAAGAUGCUACAACAUCAGUUGUUGUCAUCAGUGUUGGCAAAGAUCUCCAGCUUGAUAAAGGGCCACUUGCUAAAGCUUUGCUAAGCAAGGCAGGGCCAAUGCUUCAGACAGAGUUGAGAAAACAAGGCCUAGGAAGAGCUGAAGAGGGAGCUGUAUUGAAAACAAAUGGUUACAAUCUAGACUGCAGUGUUGUGCUUCAUGCUAUUGUACCUGCGUGGUUCCAGAGAAAAACAUCUUCACAGGUCUUUGGUGACAUCAUCACAAAAUGUCUGGAAAUUGCUGAAGAACUAUCUUUAAAGUCAAUUACUUUCCCAGCAAUUGGGACAGGAAAUUUAGGAUUCCCAACCUUUAUUGUUGCUGAAUUAUUGUUUGACAAGGUGUUUGAAUUCAGUAGUAAAAAUGGAGUAAAUUCUCUUGAGGAAGUUCACUUUCUGUUGCAUCCAAAAGACACAGCUCAUAUUCAGGUAUUUUUAGAUGAACUUGAGAAGAGGUGUGGAAAUACUGUAGGUGUUGAAAUGCAGAAGCCUUCUCCAAAUGAGGCUGGCCAAGGCACAGCUUUUUCUACUACCUCUUCAACCUCAGCACAUAAUUUACGUGAAAUGACAAUUGGCUCCAUCGUGUUCCAGGUAGAAGAAGGUGAUAUUACCAAGGAAAAGGGAGAUGUCAUUGUAAACAUAACAAACCAAACCUUCAACCUCCAAACAGGUGUCUCAAGAGCAAUUCUGAAUGGUGCUGGAAAAGCAGUUGAAGUUGAAUGUUGUCUACUAGCCCAGAAACCUCACAAGAGCUAUAUCAUCACCCAAGGAGGAAACCUGCCAUGCAAAAAAAUAAUCCAUUUUGUUGCCCAAGAUGAUAUCAAGUUUCUAGUUUUCCAGGUGCUCCAGGAGUGUGAAUUACAGGGGUGCACCUCUGUCGCCUUCCCAGCAAUUGGAACAGGAGAGGCAGGCCGCAAUCCUGCUGAGGUAGCUGACAAGAUGAUAGAUGCAGUAACUGACUUUGCAAGAAGGAACUCUGCUGCAACUGUGAAAACUGUUAAAGUUGUCAUCUUUCAGCCACAUCUGCUGAGUGUGUUCCAUACAAGCAUGCAGAAAAGAGAAAAGCCUGCUAAAACACCAGUCAAAUCAUUUAUUUCCAAGAUAAAAUCAUUCCGGAGCCCUGAGAAACGUUCCCCAAAGGAAAAAAACACAGGAGUUAUGGAAAAGAAAAUCGACCUGGCUGUUGUGCAAAUUUGCGGUGAAAUUAAAAAGGAAGUGGAAGAAACUGAAAACUGGCUGAGAAGUGCAAUUUCAAAGGAACAGCUUCAGACAGAAAUUGCAGAUGACUCCAUCUCUCAUUUCAGUGAAGAAGAGAGAGAGGAACUGCGUCACCUACAAAAGAAAUUAAAAAUUUCUCUUUGUUUGAAUGGUACCUCUAUUGGAAUUUCAGGUUUUGGGAAAGAUGUCUGGAUUGCUCAUUCAGCUAUUCAGAAAAUGAUCCUCAAGGUAAAAGCUACUAAACAGGAAGAGGUCCAAGCAAGACUUUUACAAAAUUUAAUUGAAUGGCAAUAUUUUGAAGAGGAUUCCUAUGUGCCCUUUGAUAGUCUUACAAAUAUGCAGUUGGAAAAUGCUUACAGGGGAAAGCAGAAAAGUAUUUCAGUCACCAUUGGUGAGAAAAAAUACACAGUGGAUAUGAAACUUAAAUAUGCUGUGGAUGACCAAGGAAAGCAAACAUCCAUUAGACGUGUUGAUAAAUCUGAAGAUCAAGAGUCAACAGUGCUCCCUGCAACGUGGGACAAUAUGGAAAAUGAGCGACUCAAAAUAGUGGAACUAAGACCAGAAACAAGAGAGUACAGAGAUGUGCAGGAAAGGUUUCUGCAGACCUGUCAGUCAUUCAGAAUUGAAAAGAUUGAAAGGGUGCAGAACCCAUAUUUUUGGAAGGCCUACCAAAUAAAAAAGCGUGAAAUGGAUAAAAAAAAUGGCAACACAAAUAAUGAGAGGCUUCUGUUUCAUGGGACAAGUAAAGAGUCAUUAACCUUAAUUAACAACCGUGGAUUUGACCGGAGCUAUGCUGGAAUACACGCUGCAAACUUCGGAAAUGGAACGUACUUUGCUGUUAAUGCCAACUAUUCUGCCCACGACAACUACUCUAAACCAGAUAUAAAUGGGAAGAAGUACAUGUACUUGGCUCGAGUCCUCGUUGGAGAAUAUUCUCAGGGCAGAAAAGGAGCGAUCACUCCAGAACCAAAAAAUGCUAGUAACUCUAUAGAUCUGUUUGAUAGUUCGACUGAUAAUGUGAGCCGGCCAUCCAUGUUUGUAAUUUUUAAUGACAUUCAAGCUUACCCAGAAUACCUUAUUACUUUCACUAGAUAAGUUGUUUUGAUUGCAGCCACGAUUGCAGGUCUUUCAGCCUUUGUAUAGGAUGGAAACACCUAUAACAAAACACACAAUGAAAACAAUAAUUAGUUGCAUCAAAUUAAUUUCUGUUUCCAUUUAAGCAAUCUAGCGAUUUCUGAUACCCCUGAAGUAGACUUCUUGUUUACACUUGGAGCAGCUGAGCAUGUUUAACACUUGAGCAUAACUUUGUACUGAAAACUUCUGCUAGAUUACAUAUCAAGUCUUUGUACUGUAUCACCUUUUCCAUGCAGCCUUAGGGCCUUCCUAAUUGCUGAUGAGGAGUGGAAAGAGAUAGUGCAGCCACGAACUGUUCAGUGUUGCAUUUCUGAUGCCUUCUUACACUCAUAAGUGACAAUCUCAUUGUGGAUUAUGACACAGUGGUUUUCAAUAAAUAAACUAGUAAUAGUUAA